AUGGACCUCACUCUGCUCUUCGUCGCGUCUCUCUGUUCCGCCUUUGUGGCGAUCUGGCGAUUAUACUCUCGCUCAGCGACCAAAUGUGCCAUUAAGAAACUCCCUGGUCCACCCUCUCCCUCUUUCGUGACAGGACACAUGAAGAAACUAUUCUCUCCUUGGGCGUUGGACUACCAUCUGAUGCUGCCGCGUAUAUACGGGAGCGCUGUCCGUAUCAAUGGUCUCAUCGGUGACGAGCAAAUUUACAUCACGGACCCGCGUGCCUUGCAUCACGUUUUGGUUAAGGAUGGACAACUAUUCGAGGAAACCUCCGGUUUUGUUGCUCAGAAUCGUGCGAUAUUCGGGCCUGGACUGUUGUCUACCCAUGGAGAGGCCCACCGAAAACAGCGGAAAUUGCUGAAUCCUGUGUUUUCUCUUGCUCAUAUGCGCGGGCUUGCAAGCAUAUCUCAUGAGAUUGCAGAACAACUAGCCGACCGCCUGAUGACCAGAACCCAGGAUGGAAGCAAGAAAAUUGAUAUGCUACAGUGGAUGUCACGGACAUCCCUUGAACAUAUCGGUGUUGGCGGGCUGGGGUACACAUUCCAAGCACUAGAUGAGGAAGUGGAAAACGAAUAUGCUAACGCUACCAGAAGCCUCCUGCCCGUCCUUUUUCCGCUCUUGCCCUAUCGCAUGCUCCUUGUCUUCCUAAUCCAGGUAUUACCUACGCGACUUCAGCGGUUUUUAGCUGCGAAGGUUCCAUCAAAACGCAUCGCCAAAAUUCGCGAUGUCGUUGCGAUUAUGGAUCGCACGAGCAAGGAUAUAUUUACUCAUAAAAAGCAUGCACUUUCUGCCGGCGAAGAGAUGGCUUCUACUCAAACGGGACGAGGAAAGGAUAUUAUGAGUAUCUUGUUGAACGCAAACAUGAAUGUCUCAAAGAAAGAGCAGCUAGAUGAAGAAGAGCUACUUGCACAAAUGAACACACUUCUCUUCGCGGGACACGAAUCCACUGGAAACGCGCUCGCCCGUAUACUGUGGUGCCUUUCCCUUCAUCUAGAAGAGCAGGAGAAGCUCCGUCGAGAGAUCACAGAUGCACGUCGCACGCACGGAAAGCUAGACUACGAUAAACUGGUGACAUUGCCCUAUCUUGACGCUGUAUGCAGGGAAACAUUACGAGUCUGGGCACCGACAACGGUGAUUCAAAGAACAGCCCGAGCAGACGUUGUCUUGCCACUCAUGUUUCCGGUUACGCUUACCAACGGGCAAAUCAUCACCGAGCUUCCUGUACGAGAGAACCAGACAGUCAUCAUCGGCAUCGCGGCCGUGAACCGGUCUCAGAUUAUUUGGGGCACAGACGCUGACGAAUGGCGUCCCGAGCGCUGGUUGGAGCCGUUACCGGACAGCGUCGUCAACGCCAAGAUACCUGGAGUCUAUUCGCAUUUGUGA